AUGCAAAACCAAAGCAAGGGGGUACUUUUAUGGAAAACAUGGGUUUUACAGUAUGGCCCGCCCUCCUGUCGUUUUGCUCGUAACAAUAAACGAAGAGAGCCAUUUAUACAGGUAUCACCAAUGCUUCUAAUGAAGUAUUCACAAAUAUUUAUUAUAUUCACGAUUUUAACGUGUGCUCUUGCUUCUUAUCUUGAUAUUCCCAAACCGCCUCAACGUCCACAACGAUUUAAAACGCGUCAACAAAUUGUAGAUUAUUUAAAAGCUGUAAAAGAUUACUAUGAUGCCUUCAAAAUUAAACUUGUACGUCGAGAAGAUAUUUUAUCUAAAUUAUAUUCAAAUUUAGAAAAUAGUGACAAAAUUAUUAAUAAUAAAGAUAAUCAACAAUCAAACUAUGAAGAAGAAACAACAAUCAACUCAGAUAAAUCUGAAUUUGAUUCGGCAUAUCAUCCAUAUUAA